GAACGAGCCAUCCCCCGGGGGCAAAUGCGCCAAAGCGCUUUGCGCACGCGCCUUGUAAGCCCAGCCCCCUCGGGCCGUCGAUCCCGCCUCUCCGCCCAACACCAACCCGGUCUCCCCGGCAACAGCCCCUCCUGCCCCACGCUGAUAGGGCGGCCCCUGACGUCAUAGGACCGCGCCGGUAGCCGCAGAGACGGUCGCGGCUGCACGUGGGUGAAAUUUGGCAACUUACAGGCCCCACCAUGGAUACACCACUCAGGCGCAGCCGGCGGCUGGAAGGCCUAAACCCUGAGUCCCCCGACACCCCCGGCUCAGUUUUACAGGCGAGACGGGCCCUUGUGGAGUUCAGGUCGGACCCAGAAGAAACGAGGGAGCCCGGGUCACCUCGGAGUGCGCGGCAACCCGGCCUGGAGUCCCCCCGACGUCAGCCGGAGACAAGCCCGGGAUCGCCUAUUCUACCGCAGGGUGCAGGCUUGGGGUCCCCCCGAAGGGAGCCAGAGCCGGGCCCAGGGUCCCUCCAGCGCCAGCAAGAUCCAGGCCCGGAGUCGCCCCCAAUACUUCCGGAGUCGGGUCCAGAAUCCCCCGGAUUUCAGCCAAAGCUAAGUGGGGAGUCCGCAGAGUCCUCCCAGGCCCAAGAAGAACUGGACUCGGAGUUGGCCCUGAAUAAGAAGGAGCUGGCCCCGGGGUCUCCCCGACAUCAGCUGCAGCCGGGCCCAGCAUCACCAGAGCCUUACCUGGGUCAGCAAGCGCCGGGUCCGGAGCCCUCGCGGCCACUACAGGAGCUGACAGCGCAGUCACCCGGCUCCCCCCGGGGUCAGCCUGAGCCGAGCAAGCCACCUCCGGCCGGCGAGACGGUGAGAAGCGGCCUCGGGGCAAAGAAGCGGACGAGCUCUUCAGCCCAGGCCCCAGCGUCCAAGAAGUUGAAGGAGGUGGAGGAGGUUCCUGUAAUCCCUAAGGGAAAGCCCAAAUCGGGGCGGGUGUGGAAGGACCGCUCCAAGAAAAGGUUCUCCCAGAUGGUUCAGGACAAGCCCCUGCGCACAUCCUGGCAGCGGAAGAUGAAGGACCGGCAAGAGAGGAAGCUGGCCAAGGACUUUGCUCGGCACCUGGAGGAGGAGAAGGAGAGACGCCGGCAGGAGAAGAAACAGCGCCGGGCCGAGAACCUGAAACGCCGCCUGGAGAAUGAGCGGAGGGCAGAGGUCGUCCAAGUGAUCCGAAACCCUGCCAAACUCAAGCGGGCAAAGAAGAAGCAGCUUCGCUCCAUCGAGAAGCGGGACACGCUGGCGCUGCUGCAGAAGCAGCCCCCCCAGCGGCCAGCAGCCAAGGUUUGAGUCCGGGACACUUCGAGGCCGUCUGUGGCCCACCACUGUGUCAGACACCGCACUUCUCCGGCCGCUGGUCACGUGCCUCUGCGGGUCUCGGCCCUGCAACUCUAGCCCCACUCCACCCCACCCCACCCCAGAGGGGCUCUUGAGCCUUUGAGGACUCUGGGGCCUGGCAGAGACUAGAGGAGGGAAGAGGUUCAGCACCCCCCGCCUUCUUCCCCCUCCUUCUUCAAGUGCCUUGCAACCAAGAAGAGUAAAUUCUCUGGUUCCUCGGGGAGCUAACAUCUGGAGGGUGAUUCCCCAAAUGUGUGUUUCUGUCUCAAGGUCAUGGGUCCAACCCAGGCCAGGAGGCUGCAGUCAGGAACCGGUUCCCCUCACACCAUCCCAAUGGCUGCUCUGGGUCCUUCUGCAGGCCACUGACCCUGUCGCCCGGCAGACUGAACACAGCUCCCCUUCCUUUUCCACACUGAAAGAUUAAGGCGGGGAGGUUGCAGGGAGCCAGGUUCCCCCAGCUCCCUCUCACCUGUACUGGACGCUGCAGAAGCCCCAGAGAUUGGAUUCACGCCACGCAGUCUGCAUCAAAGAUAUUUAUUGAAACACUGCUGUAUACAGGCUCAAUUCUAGGUAUUGGGGAAUAUAAAGGCCCCUGCCCACAAGGAGCUUUCAUUCUGACGGGGAAAAUCUAAUAAACAAGAAAACGGCA